CGUAGGAAGACAAAUCACAUGAACAAUUCAAUUCAACUAAAUGCCAAAACCCUAACAACGCACUGUGUGGUUCAUACUCCUCACCCACAUUUCGCAUCCAAAUAUCGAGGCCACAACAACAGAGAGGCAGAGAAAGAAAGGAGGAGUUUGGAAUUGUACCUGAGAAGGAGAAGGAGAAGAGGAAGCUGUUUCAAUGGCGGCGACUGGAUUGGCUUGUUCUUCUUCUUUCUUCGGAGGCUGGGGGUCUUCGGUGGCCGGAGAGGACUACGCGGCGCUGGCAGCGGCGAAGACGGCGGCGGUGCAAGUGAGAGUGGGGAAGCCGGUGCGAUUCCGGCCGAUGAUGAAGAACGUGAAUGAGGGGAAAGGGGUUUUUGCGCCGUUGGUUGUGGUUGCUCGGAAUCUCAUCGGGAAGAAGCGCUUCAAUCAGCUUAGGGGCAAAGCAAUCGCCGUGCAUUCCCAAGUAAUCACAGAGUUUUGCAAAUCAAUUGGAGCAGAUGGAAAGCAAAGACAAGGAUUAAUAAGGCUGGCCAAGAAGAAUGGAGAGAAACUUGGAUUCCUUGCCUGAUCAGCUGCAAUUUCAAUCUCCUUCUUCUGCUCUCCUGUUUUCUAUUCCAUUCACUUCAUCUCCAUCAGUUGUAAUAUUAUUUUCUUCAUAACUCUUCACUUUUUAGACACAGAAUCAAUGUUCAAAACGAAA